UCGUAACUCCUGUGUUGAUGUUGUGUGGAGAGUGAGCGGAGGGGAAGAAGCUAACAACAGCAGCGGCGACUCGGUUUGUUUUUGUUCUCUCCACGCCGCCUUUUACCGAGAAAACGACUCCUUAUUUCACCAAAAACGUCCAGGGACGAGCACUUAGGCCAGAGACGACGGCCAGGCUGAAACACGGCCAGCUCACAACACUCCCCGAGCCGAGCCGGAGGACUCGUCACCCCUGACCCCCUCCUCCCUCCUCCCUCCCUUCCCUCCUCACAUAGGCAGCCAACAUGACGAUCCUGCCUAAGAAGAAGCCCAGCUCCACCGUCGGGGUCCCGGAUCACGCCGACGAGAGCGACAGACGAGCCGGUUCGGAUCCUCACCAGCACGGCCAUGGUGUUGUGCGGACCGGGGCGAGGCCUAGAGCUUCUCCGCCGCCGUGGUCAUAUCAAACCGCGCCGCCUCAGUCCAGAGAGGACAGGCGGAAUGAAUCGAGCUCCCGGCCCCAGCAGGCCUCCCCUCCGCCGGUGGGAGCGGGCUCCCCCGCCGGCCCGGGAGAUGGAGGCGGUCUGGGAGCCAUGAGCUGCGUGUCCGGUGGCCGUGGAGAGCUAGCGGGCGGCGUGGUCGGCUGCGGAGGCGCUAUCGGUAGCUGCUGCUCUGGGCCGGGACUCAGCAAGCGGCGGCGACAGGCGACUUGCUCCGGAGGAGUAGCAGGCGGAGGGACACCCGGUGUGUCCGGUGGUGGCGGGGUGGGUCCAGGCCCAGAUCAGGAGGAGGGCGCCGGGUACAACAGCGAAGAUGAGUACGAGAAUGCUUCCAGACUGCAGUCAGAAGAUCCAGCAACAGUUGAGCAGCAGGAGCACUGGUUCGAGAAAGCACUUAGGGAAAAGAAAGGAUUUGUGAUUAAAAAAAUGAAGGAAGACGGUGCUUGCCUCUUCAGAGCAGUUGCUGACCAAGUUUACGGAGACCAAGAUAUGCACGAAGUCGUUCGCAAACACUGCAUGGACUACUUGAUGAAAAACGCAGACUACUUUUCAAACUAUGUGACAGAAGACUUCACCACAUACAUCAACAGGAAAAGGAAAAACAACUGUCAUGGGAACCACAUUGAGAUGCAGGCCAUGGCAGAGAUGUACAACCGGCCGGUGGAAGUGUAUCAGUACGGCACAGAGCCAAUCAACACGUUCCAUGGGAUCCAUCAAAAUAACGAUGAACCAAUCAGAGUUAGCUACCAUCGUAACAUUCACUACAACUCAGUGGUGAACCCCAACAAGGCCACCAUUGGAGUGGGGCUCGGCCUUCCUGCCUUCAAACCAGGGUAUGCAGACCAGUCUCUGAUGAAGAAUGCCAUUAAGACGUCGGAGGAGUCGUGGAUAGAGCAGCAGAUGCUGGAGGAUAAGAAGAGGGCCACAGACUGGGAGGCCACUAAUGAGGCCAUCGAGGAGCAGGUGGCCCGCGAGUCUUACCUGCAGUGGCUUCGGGACCAGGAAAAACAGGCGCGACAGCCCCGGAAGGCUAGCGCCACCUGUAGUUCCGCUACAGCUGCGGCCUCCAGCGGACUGGAGGAGUGGAGUGCACGAUCUCCGCGGCAGCGGAGCUCUGCCCCCUCUCCCGAGAACCCUGACCCCUCCCACUCUGACCCAGCGGCCAAGCCCCCCUCCCCGGCUGGAGCGGCACUAGCACUGUCCAAACCUCCCUCGCCAUGUGCACCUGGUCCCAGCAACCAGGCCUGCGUUGGACCAGACAGACCCACCUCAUCCUCCCUCGUGUCUCUGUACCCAGCACUGGGUUACCGGGCCAUCAUGCAGGACAUGUCCCCAACUGCUUUUGGUCUGACCGAUUGGGAGGACGAUGAGAUUUUGGCCUCGGUUUUGGCCGUAUCGCAACAGGAGUACCUCGACAGCAUGAAGAAAAAUGCCAUGCAUAGGGAACCCUCUCCAGACAGCAGUUGAUAAAGGCACGAAGGCACGCAAUGCAGCCCUCUUCGCCAGGAGGAGGCAGAAAACUGGGGAUCAAUCAAAUCUUGUUCUCUCCAUCAUCAUGAAAACCACAUCUACCCUUUCACUCUCUCCCAGCACCCCUUCAUGUUUUCAUCACUGUCCCCCGUCAUCUAUCAGUAAUAAUGACCCGUCACUGUAAGACUUCCCUCGCCACUACAUCGCUUUGUAUUGCCACUGAUGCCAACGUUGGACUUCUUUAGGUGCAUGUUUAAAUCAACAUAACUGAUAUCAUAGAAAAAAAAGAUGGGAAAACAAAAAAAAAAAAAGUUAUAAAAAUGUCAUACUGUAUCAUCUUAAUAACUGAUUAAUAUAAGCUUGUUGUAUUUUAUUUUCUUGUUUGGGAUGAAAAAAAAUGCUCUUUUUUCUUGGAAUAAAAAAGGAGAAGUUUCUGAAGAAA